AUUAUAUAAUUCCAUUUCUUCAUUGAAGUAUUACUGUUACGUUCUCAAAUAAUGUUUACAUGUCAACAGCAGUCUUAUCUUAAAGGAGGAUUUACUAUGAGAAUUCUGGUAACUGGCAUGGCUUCGUAUACACAUUAGAUUGAACUACAUGAAAUUAGCAUUUUCACAGGUUCAAAAAAUGGGCAAGCAUUGGCAAUUUCAUUAGGUUCAACCCAAUAUUUGGGAGGUGAGGAUUCAAAGAAGGGUAAGGGAGCCUGUGGGGCCUCUGAGACUUCCACUGUGUGCAAAAGCCCAGCCCAGCCCUCACAGUGUUAGGAGAGAAAAGGCUUUCUUAGAGCUACUCAUGUUGGUAUUGUUGGCACUCAGAGCUAUUUCCCGACAGGUUUGUGCCUCCAACCAGCAGAGAGAUUGAACUGGCAACUUACAGAGCCAUGGUGAGCUGGUUGACACUGCCUUGGUGGAAAGGAAGAUGUAUGGAGCAGGGGAAGGCUGCAUUAACCCAGUUUAUAGGCUCGGAAGAGGCUGCCUGGGGUAUUGGUACCACUAAGCCUUGAUUGGUGCCACUCAGUUCUUCCUACUUGAUGCACUUUCCUUCCUGUCUAGCACAAGCUCUGCAGUUGCCCAGGAGGCAAUCACAAGAGGAGGUCCAAGUGGCACAGCAAUGAUUAGAGACCCUUCUGGGAGCAAACAGCCUCUGGCUGCAUAGGGGCCUGUGGGCUUAUCGCCUGGUGCCUCCAUGGAGACAGGAGGCCCUGGAUUGAACAGUAUGAAGCCCCAGUCACUGCAGCUGGUGCUGGAGGAUCAGGUGCUGGCGCUACAGCAGCAGAUGGCAGAGAACCAGGCAGCCUCCUGGCGGAAGCUGAAGAGCUCCCAGGAGGCCCAGCAGAGGCAAGCAGUCCUUGUGAGGAAGCUGCAGGCCAAGGUGUUGCAGUACCGGAGCUGGUGCCAAGAGCUGGAGAAGCAGCUGGAAGCCACUGGGGGACCGAUCCCUCAGAUGUGGGACAGUGUGAAGGAGCCAAACUUGGAACAGCUGCUAAUGCGAUUGGAGGAGGAGCAACAGAGGUGUGAGAGUCUAGCAGAGGUAAACACUCAGCUUCGGCUACACAUGGAAAAAGCUGACGUGGUCAAUAAAGCACUUCGGGAAGAUGUGGAAAAAUUGACAGUAGAUUGGAGCCGGGCCCGGGAUGAGCUGAUAAGGAAGGAGAGCCAGUGGCGGAUGGAGCAGGAGUUCUUCAAGGGCUACCUGAAAGGGGAGCAUGGUCGCCUUCUCAGUCUGUGGCGGGAGGUGGUGACCUUCCGACGCCACUUCCUGGAAAUGAAGUCAGCCACUGACAGAGACCUGACGGAGCUCAAGGCUGAACAUGCGAAGCUUUCAGGGUCCCUGUUGACCUGUUGUCUGCGCUUGACUGUGGGAACACAGUCUCGGGAAUCUGAUGGAUCUGGGCAACUAGAUGGGAGUGCGCCAGCCCAGCUGCUGCUGCUACUAGCCAAGACCCAGGAACUGGAGAAGGAAGCCCAUGAAAGGAGCCAGGAGUUAAUACAGCUGAAGAGUCAAGGGGAUCUGGAGAAGGCCGAGCUUCAGGAUCGGGUGACCGAGCUCUCUGCUCUUCUGACCCAGUCUCAGAAGCAAAAUGAAGAUUACGAAAAGAUGGUGAAGGCUCUGAGAGAGACGAUGGAGAUCCUGGAGACAAAUCAUGCAGAAUUAAUGGAGCAUGAGGCAUCUCUUAGUAGGAAUGCCCAAGAGGAGAAGCUGUCAUUACAGCAAGUGAUCAAGGAUAUAACCCAGGUCAUGGUGGACGAAGGGGACAAUAUGUCCCAAGGCUCUGGUCACGAGAGCACCUUGGAGCUGGACUAUAGUGACUUCUCCUCCCAGUUUGACUCCCAGGACCCAGACAAGGCUGUAACUCUGGUGCGUUCAGUGCUGACUCAGAGACGCCAGGCUGUGCAGGACCUAAGGCAGCAGCUUUCAGGCUGUCAGGAAGCUGUGAGCUUCUUGCAGCAGCAGCAUAAUCAGUGGGAGGAAGAAGGUGAGGCCUUGAGACAGCGGUUACAGAAGCUCACUGGGGAGCGGGACACUCUGGCAGGGCAGACUGUGGACCUCCAGGGAGAAGUGGACUCGCUCAGCAAGGAGCGAGCGCUCCUGCAGGAGACCAGGGAAGAGCUGCAGCAGCAGCUGGCGGUGCUGGAGCAGGAGGCCUGGCGCCUGCGCAGGACAAACAUGGAGCUGCAGCUGCAGGGGGACUCUGCUCAGGGCGAGAAGGAGGAGCAGCAGGAGGAGCUGCACCUGGCUGUCCGGGAGAGGCAGCGCCUUCAGGAGAUGCUGGCCGGCCUGGAAGCGAAACAGUCAGAAUCACUCAGUGAACUGAUCACUCUUCGGGAAAACCUGGAGUCAAGUCGCCUGGAAGGGGAGUUGCUGAGGCAAGAGCAAACCGAAGUGACCGCAGCGUUGGCGAGGGCAGAACAGUCCAUUGCAGAGCUGUCGAGUUCUGAGAACAGCCUGAAGGCUGAAGUAGCUGAUCUUCGGGCUGCAGCUGCCAAGCUCAGCGCCUUAAACGAGGCUUUGGCCUUAGAUAAAGUCGCACUGAACCAGCAGCUUCUCCAGUUAGAACAGGAGAACCAGUCUGUGUGCAGCAGAAUGGAGGCUGCAGAGCAGGCGAGAAACACUUUGCAGGUGGGCCUGGAAGAGGUGGAGAGGAGUAGGGAAGCCCUGUGGGAAAAGAACACUCACCUGGAGGCCCAACUGCAGAAAGCGGAGGAGACGGGGGCUCAGCUGCAGGCAGAUCUCAGGGGCAUCCAAGAAGAGAAGGAAGAACUUCAAGAGAAACUAAGCGAGGCACGUCACCAGCAGGAGGCAGCCUCAGCUCAGCUGGAGCAGCUACAUCAGGAAGCAAAGCGACAAGAAGAAGUGCUGGCCCGGGAAGUUCAGGAGAAGGAGGCCCUAGUUCGGGAGAAGGCAGCUCUAGAGGUGCGGCUGCAGGCGGGGGAGCGGGACCGGCAGGACCUCUCUGAUCAACUACUGGGGCUCAGCUCAGCCAAGGAGUUCCUGGAGAGCAGUCUGUUUGAGGCCCAACAACAAAAUUCUCUGAUAGAGGUCACCAAGGGGCAGCUGGAGGUCCAGAUUCAAACUGUCACUCAAGCCAAGGAAGUAAUCCAAGGAGAAGUAAGGUGCUUGAAGCUGGAACUGGACACUGAACGGAACCGGGCAGAGCAGGAGCGGGAUACAGCAGCCAGACAGCUUGCCCAGGCUGAGCAAGAGGGGCAGACUGCUCUGCAGCAGCUGAAUUCAGCUCAUGAGGAGGAGGUGAACAGGCUCCAGGAGAAAUUGGAGAAAGAGUGCUCCCGGCACCAGCAGGAACUGGAUAAGGCUCUGGAGACCCUAGAGAAGGAGAAAAUGGAGCUAGAAAUGAGGCUGAGGGAGCAGCAGGCAGAGACCGAGGCUCUUCGGACCCAGAAGGAAGAAGAACGGGCCAAGGCCGAGAGCGCCCUAUGCCAGAUGCAGCUCGAAACAGAGAAAGAGAGGGUGUCCCUCCUGGAGACACUGCUGCAGACCCAGAAGGAACUGGCAGAUGCCAGCCAGCAACUGGAACGGCUGAGGCAGGACAUGAAGGUUCAGAAGUUAAAGGAACAGGAGACCAUUGGAAUGCUGCAGACCCAGCUCCGGGAGGCUCAGCGGGAGCUGGAGCAGGCAGCCCAGCAGCACAGAGAUGACCUCACCGCCCUCCGAGGAGAGAGCAGCUCCCUGCUACAGGAUAAGAUAGACCUGCAGAAGCAGGUGGAGGACUUGAAGUCUCAGCUGGUUUCCAAGGAUGACUCCCGGAGGCUGGUGGAGCAGGAGAUUCAGGAGAAGCGGAAAGAGGCCCAGGAAUGUAGCCGAAUUCAGAAAGAGUUGGAGAGAGACAAAGCCAGCCUGACUCUGUCUCUAGUGGAAAAGGAACAGAGACUCCUUGUUUUAGAAGAAGCUGACUCUGUUCGACAACAGGAGCUGCGUUCCCUGCACCAGGAUCUGCAGGAAGCCCAGGGAGGGCAGAAAGAGCUCAGUGCCCAGGUGGAACUACUGAAGCAGGAGGUAAAGGAAAAAGAAGCUAAUUUUCUGGCCCAGGAAGCACAGCUGCUGGAGGAGCUAGAAGCAUCUCGAGUAACAGAGCAGCAGCUGCGAGCUUCCUUGUGGACCCAGGAAGCCAAGGAAGCCCAGCUACAGCUGCGACUGCGCAGCAUGGAGAGCCAGCUGGAGGCGCUGGCUGCAGAGCAGCAGCCUGGGCACCAUGCCCAGGCCCAGCUAGCCAGCCUCUGUUCUGUCCUGCAGCAGGCCCUGGGGUCUGUUUGUGAGAGCAGGCCUGAGCUGAGUGGCGGGGGAGACUCUGCUCCCUCCUUCUGGGGUCCUGAGCCAGACUGUAACCAAGUCAGGAGGUAUUGCCUCAUUUAUUCAGAUCAAAAUGGAACGAGAAUCCUCUUUAAGAGAGGGCCCCUCCUGACGGCUCUCUCGGCUGAGGCGGUGGCAUCUGCCCUCCACAAGCUCCACCAAGACCUGCGGAAGACUCAGCAGGCCCGGGAUGACCUGAGGAAUCAGGCACAGAAGCUGAAACAGCAUCUCACUGAUACAGAGGCUGAGAAGAGCCAGGUCCAAACAGAGUUGCGGGAUCUGCAGAGACAACUCUCCCAGAACCAGGAAGAGAAAUCCAAGUGGGAAGAAAAACAGAAGUCCCUAGAGUCUGAGCUGAUGGAACUGCACGAAACUGUGGCAUCCUUACAGAGUCGCCUACGGCGAGCAGAGCUGCAGGGAAUGGAAGCCCAGAAUGAGCGACAGUUACUUCAGGCAGCUAAGGAGAACCUGACAGCCCAGGUGCAACAUCUGCAAGCAUCUGUCACAGAAGCCAGGGCUCAGGCGAGUGCUGCAGGGGUCCUGGAAGAAGACCUGCGAACUGCUCGCUCAGCCCUGAAAUUGAAAAAUGAGGAGGUGGAGAGUGAGCGCGAGAGAGCCCAGGCUCUGCGGGAGCAGGGCGAGCUGAAAGUGGCCCAAGGAAAGGCUUUACAGGAGAACUUGGCUAUCCUGGCCCAGGCCUUAUCUGAAAGAGAAGGGGAGGUGGAGGCUUUGCAGGAAAAAAUCCAGGAACUGGAGAAGCAGCGGGAAAUGCAGAAGGCAGCUUUGGAAUUGCUGUCUCUGGACCUAAAGAAGAGGAACCAAGAGGUGGAUCUGCAACAGGAACAGAUUCAGGAGCUGGAGAGGUGCAGGUCUGUUUUAGAGCAUCUGCCCAUGGCCGUCCAGGAGCGAGAGCAGAAGCUGACUGUGCAGAGGGAGCAGAUCAAAGAGCUCGAGAAGGAUCAAGAGACGCAGAGGAACGUUGUAGAGCAUCAGCUUCUAGAACUCGAGAAGAGGGACCAAGUGAUCGAGUCCCAGAAAGGGCAGAUUCAGGAUCUGAAGAAGCAGCUGGUUACUCUGGAGUGCCUGGCCCUGGAACUGGAGGAAAACCACCGCAAAGUAGAGUGCCAGCAAAAGGCAAUUGAGGAGCUGGAGAGCCAGAGGGAGGUGCAGAGGGUGGCUCUGACCCACCUGACCCUGGACCUAGAGGAGAGGAGCCAGGAGCUGCAGGUGCUAAGCAGCCAGAUCCACGAGCUGGAGAGCCACAGCAGCCUUCUGGCAGGAGAGCUCCAGGAGAAGGACCAGGAGGUGAAGUCCCAGCGAGAACAGAUCGAGGAGCUGCAGAGGCAGAAAGAGCGUCUGACUCAGGACCUCCAGAGGAGGGACCAGGAGAUGGUGCUGCAGAAAGAGAGGAUUCAGGUCCUUGAAGAUCAGAGGACACUGCAGACCAAGAUUCUAGAGGAGGACCUGGAACAGAUCAAGCUUUCCUUGAGAGAGCGAGGCCGGGAACUGGCCUCUCAGAGGCAGCUGAUGCAGGAGCGGGCAGAGGAAGGGAAGGGCCAGAAUAAAGCACAGCGAGGGAGCCUCGAGCACAUGAAGCUAAUCCUGCGUGACAAGGAGAAGGAGGUGGAAUGCCAGCAGGAGCGUAUCCAGGAACUUCAGGAACACAAGGGCCAGCUGGAACAGCAGCUCCAGGGCCUACACAGGAAGGUGGGAGAGACCAGCCUACUCCUGACCCAGCGAGAGCAGGAGAUAGUGGUCCUGCAGCAGCACCUGCAGGAAGCCAGGGAGCAGGGGGAGCUGAAAGAGAAGUCACUUCAGGGCCAGCUAGAAGAGGCCCAGAGAGCCCUGGCCCAGAGGGACCAGGAGCUCGAGGCCCUGCAGCAGCAACAGCAGCAGGCCCAGGGGCAGGAGGAGGUGGUGAAGGAAAAGGCAGGCACACUGCAGAGAGCUCUGGAGCAGGCCCACAUGACACUGAGAGAGCGCCAGGGAGAGCUUGAGGACCAGAGGGAACAUGUGCGAAGACUCCAGGAAGAACUGACAGUGGAGGGACAACGGGCACAGGCCCUGGAGGAGGUGUUGGGUGACCUAAGGGCUGAAUUUCAGAAGCAGGAGAAGGCUCUGCUGGCCCUCCAGCAACAGUGUGCGGAGCGGGCACAGGAGCACGAGGCGGAGGCCAAGGCCUUGCAGGACAGCUGGCUGCAGGCAGAGGCGAUGCUCAAGCAACGGGACCAGGAGCUGGAGGCCCUGCGGGCAGAUAGCCAGUCCUCCCAGCAUCAGGAGGAGGCUGCCCGAGGCCAGGUCGAGGCUCUGCAGGAGGCCCUCAGCAAGGCUCAGGCUGCCCUGCAGGAGAAAGAGCAGCAUCUCCUUGGACAGGCAGAACUGAGCCGCAGCCUUGAGGCCAGCACGGCCACCUUGCAGGCUGCCCUGGACUCCUGCCAGGCACAAGCCCGGCAGCUGGAGGAGGUCCUAAGGAAGCGGGAAGGUGAGAUCCAGGACCGGGAUCUCCGACACCAGGCGGCCGUGCAGGAGCUCCAGCAGGCACUUGCACAGAGGGAUGGAGAACUGAGACAUCAGAGGAAACAGAGGCAGCUGCUGGAGAAGUCUCUGGCCCAGAGGCUCCAAGAGGAUGUGAUCCAAGAGAAGCAGAAUCUGGAGCAAGAAAGAGAAGAAGAGUUGAGGGGCCUUUAUGAGAGCCUGAGGGAGCUACAGCUGACUCUAGCACAAAGGGAAGAGGAGAUCCUGGAGCUGAGAGAGCAAAGGAAGAAUCUGGAGGCCUCAGCCCACAGCCGCAAAGCCUCCCCAGUGGAGGAGCCCUCUACAAAACGUGACUCUUUAGGACCCAGGCUGCAGCAGGAGCUGGAGCGGUUACAGGCAGUCCUGAGACAGACGGAGGCCAGGGAGAUCGAGUGGAGGGAAAAGGCCCAGGACUUGGCGCUGUCCCUGGCCCAGAGCAAGGCCAGUGUUAGCAGUCUGCAGGAAGUAGCCAUGUUCCUCCAAGCCUCUGUCCUGGAGCGGGACUCAGAACAGCAGAGGCUGCAGGAUGAGUUGGAGCUCACCAGACAGGCCCUGGAGAAGGAGCGCCUCCACAGUCCCGGCCCGACCAGCAGAACAGAACAGGGGCCCAGAGGAGAGGCAGGUGGACAGCUGGGGCAGAUCUCAGGAGUAGAGGCAGAGCCCAGUGCUGGGACGCAGGAGAAGCAGCCAUGGGAACAAAGGCUUGAACACCUGCAGCAAGCAGUGGCACAGCUGGAGGUUGACCGGAGCAGGCUACAGCACCACAAUAUCCAGCUGCGCACCACCUUGGAGCAGGUGGAGCGAGAGCGGAGGAAGCUGAAGAGGGAAUUCCUACGCACAUCGCGAUCAGGGGUCCUGGAGACCAGCGAAGCCACAGCAUCAUCCCCCACACCACAGAAUGGAAGAGGACAGAAGGGCUCUUCAGAGGUCAAGCACAUGGUUGAACUGCAGAAAGAGGUGGCCCUGCUGCGAGCCCAGCUGGCCUUGGAGCGGAAGCAGAAGCAGGACUAUAUCGCUCGCUCGGUCCAGACCAGCCGUGAGCUAGCAGGCCUGCACCACAGCCUCUCCCACUCCCUUCUCGCCGUGGCCCAGGCCCCUGAGGCCACUGUCCUGGAGGCUGAGACCCGCAAGCUGGACGAGUCCCUGACUCAAAGUCUGACAUCCCCAGGGCCAGUCCUGCUAUGCCCCAGCCCCAGCCCCAGCCCCCGUGCUUCCCAAGCCACGUCCAGGUAGCAGCCUCAGCCAGGGCAGGACUCAGGUCAGCCUGGGAGCACACAGACAGGCAGAUGGCUGUAGAGUGGGUCGUGGCCCCUCCACACAGCUGCACGUUUGCCAAAGGAAAGGCGUAGCUGUUAUCUAAUCUGGGAGCCCAGGUCAGCUGGCAUUCCCAGGAAGAGGAGGAAAACCUGCAAGGCUUGGGGGAAGGUCCCAGCUGACAUGGGAUUGAGACAAGUUAAUCUUGCCUGCUAGCCUGCAGAGUCCCCCAGAGGGGUGCCUUGUCCUGGCCCAGGGGCAUGUACUGCCUCUCUAGAAUUUAUUAUCCCAGCCCUUCGCCCUCUCUUUCCCCUUCCCUUUCCCCUUCAACAAUAAACCCUAGAUUUUUGCAUUUGU